GCUUGUUACAGUUUACAGUUCGGCCAGUCUACAGUUUUAGUUUGUAGGUCUCUAGCUAGAUAUGUGCCCCGCUUUGGACGAGAGCUGGAGAGCUGACCGAUAAAUCGCCGAGAAAUCGUGCCAAAUUGCAAAUAACUUUGGCAAAGUUACAUGUUUAUGGUCAUCUUGUCACAGUGUCAGUGCCAGCGCCCAGUGCCCAGUGCCCAGUUCCCAGUGUCGAUGGCAGGUGCAGCGUAUUUGAAAUUAGUCUCUACCCUGCUCGACUCACCUGUGGAUUGUGUCUUGUACCCCAUCGUCGAUUAGUUGUUUUUUGUGUGUGUUUUUUCGUUAGAAAAGAAAUUUUAAAAUGGUUUGCAAGUCGUGGACGCUGCCCCAUCGCACGGGGCAGGUCACUGCUGCGUCGCACAGUCUCUGGGGUUCGGUUCGCCUCACGUACGCCGUGUGCGCCUUCCUGUCGAUCUGCCUGCAUUCUGCUAUGCGCAGCAUGCUGGCCAUGGUCAUACUGCGCAUGGUCAGGCCGCGUCCCGAGGACGCCCUGCUGAUGACCGGCGCUGCCCUCGAACUGGAGCGCAGCAAUUCGACUGCUGCGGGGCAGUGUGGAGGCUCUGUCUUUGGCCUGGCCUCGGGCAUCCAGGUGACUCAGCCGACGGGAGACUUGCCGUGGACACGCAACCAGGAGCUUACCUUUCCCGGCGUCUUCUACUAUGGCUACGUGAUCUCGAUACCCCUGGCCGGACACCUGUCGGAUCGGUUCAGCAGCAAGCGGCUGUUCAUCAUGUCGCUGGUUUGCGAGGCUCUGGCGUACUUCCUGCUGCCAACGAUGGCGCAUCACAGCUAUGGCGCCGCGGUAGUCAGCCUGGUGGUCUCCGGCAUGUGCGCGGGCUGCGGCAAUCCGCCGCUGUACCAGCUGUUCGUGACCUGGGCCCAUCCCACGGAGCGGACGUCGCUGCUCUCGUUCGCGUACAUCGGCCUGCUCAUGGGCUCCAUUGUGGUCUAUCCGGUGGCCAACUACCUCAGCGACUUUGCGUGGGAGCUGUCCUUCUAUGUGGUGGCCAGUGUGACGCUGGUCUUCGGCAUAUCCUGCCACUGGCUCAUCUACGACUCCCUGGAUCAGCAUCCGCGCAUAUCGGACGCGGAGAUGGCGUACUUGCAGCGAGAGCCGCUAACCAGGAGCCAAUUAAGUGUGCCCUGGAGGCACCUACUUACCUCGCUGCCUGUCUAUGCCUUCAUCCUGACGCACAUCUUCCACAACUACACGUUCCUGGUGCUCUCCGUCGUGAUGCCGCGCUUCAUGCGCGAGGCCAUGCAGUUCAAUCUGCAUGACGUGGGUGUGCUGUCGGCGGCUCCAUAUCUGGGCGGUAUGUUCUCGAAGCUGAUUUGCGUCUUUAGCUGCGGCUACGUGGAGCGGCGCGUAGGUCUCAAUCAGAGCUGGAUGCGUCGACUGCUGUAUGUCGCCUGCAGCAUUUUGACGAUGGUUUUUAUUGGCAUUAUUAUAUGCGCCGGCUGCGAACAGAAGACCCUUGUGAUGCUGAUGUACGCGUUCCUUUACGCUACCACCGACAUGGGUUUCAGUGCCGGCUACUGGCCCACACUGUUGUACUUUGCGCCCUCCUUUGCCGGUCUCCUGUCGGGGGUGGCCAAUUGCUUGGCCCAUCUAUCUGGAUUUCUGGCGCCACAUCUGGUGGCCGCUCUGGUGCACACGGGCGCCAAGGACGAAUGGAACAUUGUGCUGAUGACACUGAUUAUUUUCAAUGGCAUGGCCAUGGUUGUGUUUGGGCUGUUCAGCAGUACGAGGCUGCAGCCUUGGGAUCCACGCAGACACAUGGAGUCUUUGAGUGCAACUCAAGCCAAUGUUCAUUAG